CCACUUUGAUCUCCUACCUACAUCAAUUCUGCGCUCAGAGUAAAUCGUCGCCAUGCAUGAGCUCAACAUGAAAUCCAAAUAUGAGAAUAUGAAAAUCAUUUACAAUCGCAGCAAAUUUGGUUGGUACUGGGCGCCACUGUUUGUUGCAUUUUGGUUUCUACUCUUCUACCUCACCGUCAUACCCAGCUACCACAGCUAUCCCGAUCUGCUAACAAUUGAAGACGAAGUCACACAACCGGGCCGUUUUAUUGGCGCACGCGCUGAGAGUACGCUAUUGCGGCUCACCAAGAUCGGUCCCAAGGUGGUGGGCAGCGCUGCCAAUGAACAAACAGCCGUAAAUUUUCUACUCAGCGAAAUUAGCAAAAUAGUGCAGGACUCACGCACAGAUCUCUACGAUAUUGAACAGGAUGUGCAAAUUGCUUCAGGCAACUAUGUUCUCUGGCAAAUGGUGAACACCUAUCAGAGCAUACAAAAUGUGGUGGUUAAGUUAACGCCGCGUGGCACAAAUAGUACGUCCAGUUUGCUGAUCAACAGUCAUUACGACUCGGUGCCAGGUAGCUCGGGUGCGGGCGAUUCGGGUGCUAUGAUUGUCAUCAUGUUGGAGACGUUGCGUGUACUUUCGAAAUAUGAGACACCACUGCAGCAUUCGAUUGUAUUCCUAUUCAAUGGUGCCGAGGAAAACCCCCUGCAGGGAUCACAUGCUUUCAUAACGCAACACAAAUGGGCACGCAAUGUCAAAGCUCUCAUAAAUUUGGAUUCAGCAGGCUCUGGUGGACGCGAAAUUUUGUUCCAGUCCGGGCCAGACCAUCCGUGGCUAAUGAACUAUUACGGUAAACACAUCGUACAUCCUUAUGCCUCGACCAUCGGCGAAGAGUUGUUCCAAAAUGGCUUUGUGCCUUCGGAAACUGACUUUAGGAUAUUCAGAGAUUUUGGAAAUAUACCUGGUUUGGAUAUGGCUCACACGCUCAACGGCUUUGUCUACCACACAAAGUAUGAUCGCUUCAAUCUCAUACCACGCAAAUCAUAUCAACUCACUGGCGAUAAUGUUUUAGCGCUGGCAAAAGGUUUGGCUAAUGCGCCUGAAAUGGAAGACCCGUCGCAAUACGCGGAAGGUCAUACCAUCUUCUUCGAUGUGCUUGGCUGGUUCAUUGUCUACUACUCCGAAACAACUGGCAUUAUAAUAAAUGUCGUGGUGUGUGUUGUAGCCAUUAUCACUAUACUGGCCUAUAUCUGGAAUAUGGCACACCAGACAGGCAUGUUUCGUCGUCGCGUCUUUAUCAAAUUCGGUAUUUUAUUGGGCAUACAAUUCGCGGCUGUGCUGCUGGCCAUUUUGCUGACAGGCACUAUUGCGAUUUUUUUGGAUUCUGUUGGCUUAUCCAUGGCGUGGUUCUCACAGACGUGGAUGGUUUUCGGUUUGUACUUUUGCCCGAUGUUCUUUAUGAUGGGCUUGUUACCGGCCAUCUACUUAAGUCGCACGAAGGAGCAUGGUUUGCCAUUGGGCUAUGCCAUACAGCUCAUCAUGCACGCACACUGCCUGAUUUUGACUGUGUUUUGCAUAGUAAUGAUCUCAUUCAAUACCCGCUCAGCAUUCGCAUUAAUGCUUUGCAUUGCCUUCUAUGUAUUGUCGGUGAUCCUGAAUAUGAUCACUUGCUUCCACAAGACAACUUUCCUCUGGCUCAUACCACACACAGUCUGUCAGAUACUGCCCUUUCUCUUCUACUCUUACUGCGCCUAUGCUUUCUAUGUUAUUUUCAUACCGAUGCAGGGCCGUGACGGCGCCAAUACAAAUCCUGAACUUAUGAUUGGUGGAUUUACAGUGUUGGCGUGCUUGCUUUUGGCGCCCUUCUUGGUGCCACUUUUAUGCCUGUUCCGCAAAUCGAAGAUCAUCAUCUCUACGUUCGGUGUGAUUUGCUUGAUAUUCAUUAUAUUAGCCGCUACUCCGGUUGGCUUUCCCUAUCGGGAGCGCGAUGCACCACAGCGUUUCUAUGUUGCUCACACGACGCGCACCUUUCACGAUGCCGAUUCUGCGAUGUCGGUCCGCUACAACGAUUCUGGCUACUAUGUCGUGCCUGUUGAUCGUCAUCCCCACUCUGUCGAUUACUUGUUCGAGAAUAUGAAUCUAACCAAAUCCAGCAGACUGGGCGUGAGUUGUGACACGGAAUUGAUGUGCGGCUAUCCAAUCUAUAGUACGCGCUGGUUGGGCUGGCGUGGUCAGAGUUAUUGGAUUGAUGGUCCAGCACCCAGAGCAGGUGGUUGGCCGCAGAUGAGAAUCCUGAGCAAAGAACGGAUAUCAUUGACGAAUCUGAUUAUAAGUCUAGAGAUUUCGGGUCCUGAUCACAUGAGCGUUUUCAUAGAUCCCAUGAAUGACACUAAGCUGGUGGAUUGGUCAUUUGAUCGUACGCCAAUUAAGGAUAACUUUGAGGCGCCAUACUUUAUAUAUCUUUCAUAUGCCUUGGAUCCGGCGCCGUUCCGAUUUCAUUUGGAAUUUGAGCAUGACAGCGCCGAUUGGUCAGGAACGACUUUUGACAUUGGCGUUAUAGGCCAUAAAAUUCACGACGAUAUCUCCAACACCGACGACUUUCGUGAUUUCGUAGCUGAAUUCCCAGCCUGGUCGACAGUGAGCGCUUGGACGAGCUCUUACGAGAGUUGGCGAUUAUAAAAAUAUGAAUUGAAACGAUGAUGAUGAUGAGCUGAAGAUGAUGGAUAUGGAGAUGAUUAUGAUGUUGAUUUAAAUGAUGAUGAAGCUGAUGGAUAUGGAGAGGAUGAUGAUGUUGAUUAAUAUGUUGAUGAUGAUGCUGAUUUAGAUGAUGAUGAAGAUGAUCCUGAUCAAAUCCUGAACUAUUAUUCUUUAUGGAUGCCAUAGCUUUAAUAUAAAAAUUACUAUGACGUUUGGAAUAAACUAUAUUUUUUAAGGGAAUGUAAACCAACGAACAAAGUGUUUGAAAAUUUCUUUUGUGAAAUUUAUUAUUUUGCAGAGGAAAGUAAGAACGCCGAUAUAUACAUUUAUAUAUUUAUAUAAGCAAUAUUUCUAAGACUUUUUGUUGUAUAUUUUUAAUUUUGUAAAAAAAUAUUUAUUAUUCGAUGUAUUAGUUUUUAAAAUUUGUACUAAACGCAGUUAU